UGGAACGCAUGCAGCCAAGCUCCGACCGAGUCCUUAGUUCCUAUAUCACAUCAUUAGUUUCCAGGAUUCCUCUGGUGUUUACUGUUUACUCGAUCAUGGUUUCUUCAGUGUCUGUGAUGGAGGGAGAUUCAGUCACUCUAAAAACUAAUGUUCUAACAAACCAACAAUACAAAAUUAAUUGGUAUUAUAAAGGCUAUCACAUCGCUCAAAUCAAUAGAUACCAGAGUAAGAUCUGUACAGAUGUUCAGUGUAAAGAGAGAUUCGGAGACAGACUGAGUCUGGGUUCUCAGUCUGGAUCUCUGAUCAUCACAAACACCAGAAACACAGACUCUGGAGAAUAUACACUGGAGAUCAUCAGCAUCGACGGCAGCAUCAGUGAAAAGAGCUUCGAUGUUUCAGUCAUUGAUUCAGGAUUACCAGUUGUUCCAGUUCUAGUUUUAUCUCCAGUUCUUGUACCAGUAAUAUGUGCUGCUGCUGCUGGUGGUCUGUUGGUGGCUGGUGGGAUUGUCUGUUACAAGAAAUUUAAACAAACAAGAAACAGGAGACGUCGAGAUGAUCAUCAUCAGGAGAAUGAUGUCAUAGAAGCACUGCCACUUAAUCAGAGGGCUGAGACUGCAUAGACGGAUGAUAAUAGAUGGAAACCUCAGUGAGACUGAGACUACUGGGAUUUAAUAGAAACAUUAGUAAUUAUUAUAUAAAUAGUUUCCCUGAAAAGGAAUUUAAAAAGAAAAGUUUCAGAAUAUACUUGUUUCAGAAUAUUCAAAGAAAAUGUAUUUGAUAAAAAAUUGAAUGUUUAUGUUCACAUAACUAAGAAAAAAAUGUUUGUUAGUUUCUUUCUUAAAAAAAAAAUUAAAACAUUUGAAAAUUUGUACAUUUGUAACAUUCAGAAAAACAUAACAAUGAUAAAGUUAAGAAAACGUUCUCAGAACAUUGUUGUCAGUGGUGAAAGAGAGGAACGUUCAUGUUGAGUUUUGGAUGCCAAUGUUUUACACCUCUAAUAACCAGCUAACCUCUCAAUCAACCAUCUGUCAACUCUAAACUGACAGUUUUACUCAGAGAUACACCAGUACACUAGUGUUUGGUGAACAAUAUGUGUGGUUAAAGAUCCAAGGUUCAUUAUAUAUAACAAUUUAGUUACAUAAACAUAUUUGCCAUUUUGUAGCAACCAAAUAUGUAACUAAAUUGUUAUAUAUUUCAUAACUGUUACUGGCUACUGUGCUAAUGGUGUGAAUGGUUCCUAGUUUCAUACAAUAAUAGGAUUUAUAAAUGUUAUCAUGGCGCCUAUUUUAAAAUUUUGAAUUCAUAAUAAUUUCCAAACUGUGACACGACCUCAGAUAUUGUGUGCCUUAGGCUCUGAGCCAAAGAUCUUUAGAUUGUUUCUUUAAUUUAGCAUUACCAAAGGAAAACAUUUAUCGGAUACGCAUGGUUUUCGUUCAAUGGAAAAAAAAAACGUUUAUCGUAUAUGCAUGGUUUUCAUUCAAUGGAAAAUAACUUGUUUCUUUAAUUUAGCAUUACCAAAGGAAAACGUUUAUAGGAUAUGCAUGGUUUUCGUUCAAUGGGAAAAAAAAAACGUUUAUCGUAUAUGCAUGGUUUUCGUUCAAUGGAAAAAAAAAACGUUUAUCGUAUAUGCAUGGUUUUCGUUCAAUGGAAAAAAAAAAACGUUUAUCGUAUAUGCAUGGUUUUCGUUCAGUGGAGAAAAAAAAAACGUUUAUCGUAUAUGCAUGGUUUUCGUUCAAUGGAAAAAAAAAACGUUUAUCGUAUAUGCAUGGUUUUCGUUCAAUGGAAAAAAAAAACGUUUAUCGUAUAUGCAUGGUUUUCGUUCAGUGGAGAAAAAAAAAACGUUUAUCGGAUAUGCAUGGUUUUCGUUCAAUGGAAAAAAAAAACGUUUAUCGUAUGCAUGGUUUUCAUUCAAUGGAAAAUAACUUGUUUCUUUAAUUUGGCAUUACCAAAGGAAAACGUUUAUCGCAUAUGCAUGGUUUUCAUGGAAAAUAACUUGAAAUAUCUGUAUAUGUACAGUGAGGAAAAUGAGUAUUUGAACACCCUGCUAUUUUGCAAAUUCUCCCACUUAGAAAUCAUGGAGAGUCUGAAAUUGUCAUCGUAGGUGCAUGGCCACUGACUGUGAGAGACAUAAUCUAAAAAAUAAAAUAAAAAAUCCAGAAA